GCCUUGUGGGUAGCCGGUCAGGGUCUCCUGGCGUCGAUGAUGGCGGGGGAUGUGGGCGGUCACAGCUGCCCCAAUUCGGAGCUGCUGCUGCACCCGGAGCUGCUGUCCCAGGAGUUCCUUCUCCUCACCCUGGAGCAGAAGAACAUAACUGUUGAAAAUGACAUGAGAGUAAACAAAGACAGUCUUACCGAUCUUUAUGUUCAGCAUGCAAUACCACUGCCUCAGAGAGAUUUGCCAAAGAACAGAUGGGGGAAAGUGAUGGAAAAGAAAAGAGAACAACAUGAGAUAAAAAAUGAGACGAAAAGGAGUAGCACUGCAGACGGGUUUCGGAAAAGACCCCUCAUCGUGUUUGACGGGAGUUCAACAAGUACAAGCAUAAAAGUGAAGAAGACUGAGAACGGAGACAAUGACCGACUCAAGUCCCGGCCUCAGGCCGGCGCUACCAGUAAUGCCUUUCGAAAAUUGUCAGAUUCCUCUUCAGGUGUUUCACCCCUAAUUUUGUCUUCCAAUUUGCCUACGAACAAUAGAAUGGAACACAAUAAUAAUGACACUAAACAGAACCAUGACUUAACGCAUAGGAAAAGUCCUUCCGGCCCUGUGAAGUCGCCGCCUUUGUCGCCUGUAGGAACUACUCCGGUGAAGUUAAAGCGAGCCGCUCCCAAGGAGGAGACCGAGGCCGAGGCCGCGGCCGCGAAUAACCUGAAGCCCCCAGAAGCAAAGAGGAAGAUACAGCAUGUUACAUGGCCGUGAAGGAAAGUUUCCAAAAAUGUAAAUAUAACUGUAACUAGUUUUUCAAACGAGUUCACAUUUACUGACAGUAUUUACAGAGAUCCUGAUUAUUGUGGAAUUUUCUUAAGAGGUUUAAAUUAGGUUCAAAGAAAUAAAGUCCUUUCCUUUCCUUUUUCCCUCCUUUUCCUUCCUCUGGGAGGAAGAAAUCUUGCCUUUCAUGCUCCAAUUAGGAAAGAAUUUCUUUUUAAACAAAUGGUUUAGUAUAAGUCAUUUAU